AACCAGAGGAACCAGAAACCUGGAGAAUAAAACAAGAGGAACAAGGAGAGUUCAUUGAAGAAAAAGAGGAAAAUGAAGAACCAAAUCAUCAAGAUAAGCAGCAUGCAUGUGAUCAAUGCGGUAAAAUGUUUUUAUGGGCUUCACUUCUGAAGAAACACUUGAAAGUUCAUGCAAAGAAGAAUACACAUUCAUGUCAUUUGUGUGGUGAGAGUUUUUUACAUCUACAAAGUUUGAAAGAACAUCAGAAAAUACAUACUGAUGUGAGAGAGUACGUGUGCUUUGAGUCUGAAAAGACUUUUAGUUCAGCGAGCAGUUUAAAACUACAUGAGAAGAUCCACACUGGAGAGAAACCUUACAAGUGUUCACACUGUGACAAGAGAUUCAGUCGGUUAACACAUCUGAAAACACAUGAGAGGAUUCACACUGGAGAGAAACCUUACAAGUGUUCACACUGUGACAAGAGAUUCAGUCGGUUAACACAUCUGAAAACACAUGAGAGGAUUCACACUGGAGAGAAACCUUACAAGUGUUCACACUGUGACAAGAGAUUCAGUCGGUUAACAUAUCUGAAAACACAUGGGAGGAUUCACACUGGAGAGAAACCUUACAAGUGUUCACACUGUGACAAGAGAUUCAGUGUGUCAUCAAGUCUGAUAACACAUGAGAGGAUCCACACUGGAGAGAAACCUUACAAGUGUUCACACUGUGACAAGAGAUUCAGUGAUUCGACACAUCUGAAAACACAUGAGAGGAUCCACACUGGAGAGAAACCUUACAAGUGUUCACACUGUGACAAGAGAUUCAGUGAUUCAACACAUCUGAAAAGACAUGAGAGGAUCCACACUGGAGAGCAACCUUACAAGUGUUCACACUGUGACAAGAGAUUCAGUGUGUCAUCAAGUCUGAAAACACAUGAGAAGAUUCACACUGGAGAGAAACCUUAUAAGUGUUCACACUGUGACAAGAGAUUCAGUGUGUCAUCAAGUCUGAAAACACAUGAAAAGAUUCACACUGGAGAGAAACCUUAUAAGUGUUCACACUGUGACAAGCGAUUCAUUCAGUCAACAGAGCUGAAAACACAUGAGAGGACCCACACUGGAGAGAAACCUUAUAAGUGUUCACACUGUGACAAGAGAAUCAAUAAUUUAUCACAUCUGAAAAUACAUGAGAGGAAUCACACUGGAGAGAAACCUUACAAGUGUUCACACUGUGACAAGAGAUUCAGUGUGUCAUCAAGUCUGAAAACACAUGAGAGGAUUCACACUGGAGAGAAACCUUAUAAGUGUUCACACUGUGACAAGCGAUUCAUUCAGUCAACAGAGCUGAAAACACAUGAGAGGACCCACACUGGAGAGAAACCUUAUAAGUGUUCACACUGUGACAAGAGAUUCAAUAAUUUAUCACAUCUGAAAAGACAUGAGAGGAUUCACACUGGAGAGAAAACUUAUAAGUGUUCACACUGUGACAAGCGAUUCAAUGAGUCAACAGAGCUGAAAUCACAUGAGAGGAUUCACACUGGAGAGAAACCUUACAAGUGUUCACACUGUGACUGGAGAUUCAUUCGUAGAGGAAAUCUGAAAAGACAUGAGAGGACUCACACUGGAGAGAAACCUUACAAGUGUUCACACUGUGACAAGAGAUUCAGUGGUGCAUCGAGUCUGAAAAGACAUGAGAGGAUUCACACUGGAGAGAAAUGUACGAGGGAAGUGUUCCAUUAAGUCAUCUGUUAUACACAGUCAUACAAAAUACAAUCACAAUAAGGCCCCGUACACGCGAAGACACAUUUAGUUGUAUAUGUAAAUAUUUUGUAUGGUAUAUGUGUUUCGUCCAGACGGAUCCAGCAUUUUGGGAGAGUGAAGUAAUUUUUUUUAAACUAGGUCCCAGAGUGGAUAUAUCUGAAAAUGACAUCAUAUCAUGAAAUGUUUUUGCUUUUGUGUACUGCCAAUCCAUAUAUUUUGUUAAACAAUGAUGUCAUCAACCCACUUCUCUACUAUAGUCAGACACCGCUAGGUCAUGUAACACCAACAACAAUGGAGGACUACAUGUUUGUGCUCAUGCUGUAGAAGCUACUGCGCCUAUUAGCUUGACUAAACUUACUAGUGGAGCAGCACGAUAUUGGAAAAAACAACACACAUUGUGAUAAUUUUUCUCUGCAAUGUAUAUUGCGAUAUGGAAAAAAAAUCACCAGAUGACUUGAACUGCUCUAUUUGGGGAAAAAAAUUAAUGACUGGGGUAAUUUUGUAGGUGAAUAAAUCAGCUAAGAAAAUAAGUAAAUUACAAACAUAGAUAAAUAUGAUAGAAAAAUGGUACAAAUGAAAUAAAAAAGUGCUUUAUAUUUUUCAGUCCAACUGUUACUGUUGGUUACAGUUAAGUCUUAUACAUUACUGCUGCGUUACAUUGCUGAAAGAAUGCCGUGUUUAUAAUCUAGAGAUUGUAAAGAGGAUGUAGCUCACGCACUGUCAAGUCAAGUGGCAGUGGAUUACAGACUUGCUCCCGCGAGACCCGAUGCAACAGAGAGCGGCGCGGGACUAGACUCGUGUGUGUGCAGGACACAGGAAAAUAAAAAAAGAAGUAUCUAAACAUAAAAAAUCUAAAACAAAUAAAUGAUUUAUCUAUUGCACAAAAGCAAAAUGAACUCAUAUAUAAUAUAAACAACUAACAGGUGCAAGCGUAUGCAGAGCUUCUAUUUAGGCUAUAACAGGGAUUGUUUUUUUUGCCGCACGUUGAGAUUGAUGCAAGAUACUGAUCCAGAAGCACACCUUUUGUGAAUAAAAGUUUUAUUUCGGCUAAGCGAGUUUGUCGUUGUUGCUGUUUUCAUUUAAAAUAAAACAUUGAACCACAAAAUAACAAUUUGUUUUAAA